AUUUGGGUGCAUUCGAUUCGACUAUAAUUCUGUUUAUUGGGUGCAUUCGCUAUGAUUCUGUUUAUUCUCUUGUUCUGUCAUAACACUUUGCUUUCAAAUUUCCAAGAUGCUUUACUGUUGUGUUGGAUAUGUUAGAUAUAAUUAGCAGUGUCAAUUAUGGAUUAUGGGUAUUGGGUAGCUAAUUGUGAUUGUGUUUGAUAGCCUUUUUGCGUGGAGUCGCAUUGAAUCACAUUAAUGGACCAACUGACUCAAAUGGUAACCCGGCCCAAUAUUUUGGAUCUCAAAAUAUUAAGGAGAACAAUGCGAACGACCCGUUUAUAUACAUUCCUUGUAAUUCCGAACCAUUGCGAUAAGGGUGCCAGGGUUGCUCACAUCAUUGCGGGUCUCUGUAUCUAUUUUUCUGAAAGAAGUAAGAAACCCUCUCACUGUCUGUGUGGAUGUAGGUCACAUUGACUAAACCAUGUAAAGCCUGUGCACAUUCUUCUUAGUUCUUCUACGAUUCUGUUUAUUCUCUUAUCCUGGCGUAACAGUUUGACUUCAAUUCCUAAUUCUAUAAUGUUGUAUUUGAUACUUUAGAUAUAACUGUUCGAGUCAUUUAUGGAUUAUAGGUAGCUAAUUGUGAUUGUGCUUGUUAGCCUUUUUUGUGAGGAGUCGCAUUGAAUCACAUUAAUGGACCAACUGACUCGAAUGGUAACCCGGCCCAAUAUUUUGGAUCUCAAAAUUUAAAGAGAACAAUAGAACUGACCCAUAUAUAUACAUUCCUUGUAAUUCUGAACCAGUGCGAUAAGGGUACUAGGGUUUCUCCUAGUAUCAUUGCGACUCUCUAUCUAUUUCUCUGAAAGAAGUAAGUUACCCUCUCACUGUCUGCGCGGAUGCAGGUCAGGGAUACAUCUUCAGGGCUUUCAAAGGUUAUGAUGUGUUUUUCAAGACGCCUAUGCUUGUAGAUUGAGAUCCUCUUGCUUUCAUUUUGUUCACUUAGUUUUGCAAACCAUUGUCGUCAUUGUUACAUUCACUUAAAACGGGAGUUACUAAGAGACAGAAAAUGAAUACACAUAAUAUGUUGGGCGGUGUUUUAAAUGAUAUACUUCGCAUGGUGACACCCUCUCAAGAAGACUGGGAGAUACGGCUUGCAAUUAUAAGUGAUUUGCGAAGCACUGUUGAAUCUGUGGAAAGCCUGAGAGGAGCAACUGUUGAACCAUUUGGGUCAUUCGUAUCUAAUCUCUUCACGCGAUGGGGUGACUUGGAUAUUUCAAUUGAGUUACUAAAUGGCUCCCAUAUUGCGUCUGCUGGGAAAAAGCAAAAACAAACGUUGCUGGUAACUUUUCUAAAAGCUUUGAGAAUGAAAGGUGGAUGCAUGCACUUUCAGUUCAUCCCCCAUGCAAGAGUUCCCAUUUUAAAAUUCAAAAGCGCCCGACAAGGCAUAUCUUGCGAUGUUUCGAUCAAUAACCUUCCCGGGCUGAUGAAAUCCAAAUUUUUGCUUUGGAUCAACACCAUAGAUGUCCGCUUUCAUGAUCUGGUUUUAGUGGUCAAGCAAUGGGCCAACGCACAUAAAAUCAAUAACUCGAAGACUGGAUCUUUCAACUCCUUUACUCUCAGUUUACUUGUAAUCUUUCACUUUCAGACAUGUGUUCCUGCAAUUUUUCCACCACUGAAAGAUAUAUAUCCUACCAAUAUGGUUGAUGAGCUGAGAGGUGUUAGAGUUGAUGCAGAGAAUCUUAUUGCAGAAACCUGUCAUGGUAACAUAAACAGGUUCAUAUCAAAUAAGUUGAGGCCAAUCAACAGAAGUUCUUUACCUGAACUUUUUAUUGAUUUUCUAAGAAAGUUUGCUCAAAUAGAUUCAUGGGCCGCAGAGUUUGGAAUUUGCACUUAUACAGGACAAUGGGAACAGAUAGAAAACAACAUGAGAUGGUUGCCCAAGACUUCUGCAAUAUACGUUGAGGAUCCUUUUGAGCAGCCGGAAAAUUCAGGAAGAUCAGUCAGUGCAGGACAGCUGAAAAAGAUAGGCGAAGCAUUUCUAACAACGUACAACUUACUUAUAUCAAACAAUCAGAACCAAAGCUCUAUCCUGACCCAAUUAGUACCACCACAUGUGUUGAGACUUAUUGCCAAACCUGUCAUUCCUUAUUAUAAUGUCAGGCCUUCUAUUCCAAAUUACAACGGCGGUUACCCUCAUCUAACUCAACCACAGGUUCAGAGGGGAUUGCUCCCACACCCACAUUCAAAACGCCAUGUUCAAAAUGGCAGGCAGGGAGCCAGCUCCAACGGUUCGACUUCAAAGCAAGGAGCCAAUUCCAACGGUUCGACUUCAAAGCAAGGAGCCAAUUCCAACGGUUCGACUUCAAAGCGAGGAGCCAAUUCCAACGGUUCGACUUCAAAGCACAGAGCCAACUCCAACGGUUCGACUUCAAAGCAAGGAGCAAGCUCCAACGGCUCUACUUCAAAGCAAGGAGCAAGCUCCAAUGGUUCGACUUCAAGUCUACCUACGAAAGGUCGUCAAAGUCAGCAGCAGCAGGCGUGGAGGCCAAAGGCCCAUACCCAAGCAUAGGCAAAAUACAGAAGGGAGUAUAUGUUCAUCUAGUCAACAGGUUUAAGAGUAACUGUUUUUUUUUGCUUACUUGUUCAUACAAUUCAUUGACAUAACCGGAUUUCUUGGGUUAUAAGUUACUUGGCAUGAAAUUUUUGCUCUCGUGGAUGAAACGAUGAUUACCCGAUUGGAUUAUUACUUGACAUUUUGGCGGAGAUUAUAAAUUAAGAAUAUUAAGGAGCCUAGUAUAGUAAUCUUUA